AAGGAACGUAAAUUUGUGCUGCAACGACGGCUGAGUUUCUUGACGAAACUCGCCAAACAAUUACUGCCAAAAUUUUCACAGACGGGAAUAAGUUGGGUCCUGCUGCCGCGGGAAGAGGCAUGUUUUGCUAUCAAUGUCCGCCCGCUCUACAUCCAUGUGGUCCACAUCCGCCACGUUUACCAACACUGGAAUAUCCGUUUGCUGCAACGCAUCCAUAUACCAGCUAUUCGUAUCAUCCUGCCAUACAUGAUGAAACUUUUGUGCGUCGUAAACAACGACGAAAUCGUACAACAUUUACACUGCAACAGUUGGAGGAACUUGAGACUGCAUUUGCCCAAACUCAUUAUCCGGAUGUUUUCACACGUGAAGAUUUGGCAAUGAAAAUUAAUCUUACGGAAGCUCGUGUACAGGUUUGGUUUCAAAAUCGUCGUGCCAAAUGGCGUAAAGCGGAACGCCUCAAGGAUGAACAACGCAAGCGUGAAAAUGGCGACUGUAGCAGUGUUUCAUUGGAUAAGCUCCACGAUAGCCGUGAAUCAUCACCCGAUAUAACCGGUGAAAUGGAUGACGAUGAACCCCAUCCUCGCUCCCAUAGCCCUGGGCCUGGGUCAUCUCACAGCCCCCAUGGUACCGGUGCUGAUUCGGACAAUGAACGUCCCCUGUCCUCAAAUCACAUGAACAGUGGACACUCUGGGUCACAAUCAGUCGGAUCUAUAAGUGCCGGUUCACCAUCACCAGGUGCUCGUACCCCACGCAAUCCAACAAAUAGUCCUUCGAAUUCACGGAACACCGAUUCUCCCAUAGAAGUUGGCGGUCCCAUAUCAUUGGCCACCCGUUCAAGUGCCUCAUCAACGGCACCAACAACAACAUCCACAUUAAAUACAUCAGCAUCGAAUCACCACUUUGGUACACACAUCUUUGGUACAUUUGGCAGUAGUAGCAGCAGCAAUGCCAUUAAUUGUGGUUUCCGACCGGUUUUAAAUGAAGUACCCCCACCACCAACAUCCCUUGCCAGCAGUGCCUCAGCAGCAGCAGCCGCCGCCGCAGCUAGAGCAAAUCAUGCACCUUCUCUAUUCUUGCCGCCACAUUUGGCCUCGUUGAGCUCUCAAUUUUCACAGCAGCCACUGUUUCCCGGUUUGAAAGGUGUCCCAUCCUUCCCGGGACUCUGUGCCUGCUGUCCUCUAAAACCCCAUCACACACCGGGCAGUGGUGCCGGAGGAUCUGUGAACGUAUCUUGUUCAUCAACCAACAGUUCACCCGAUUCACCACCACAUUCAGCCCAUAGCAAUUGUGAUCCACGUUCAUCUUCGGUAGCCGAAUUACGCCGUAAAGCUCAAGAACAUUCCGCAGCCUUGCUACAGUCUUUACAUGCCGCUGCAGCUGCCGGUUUGGCAUUCCCCGGCCUACAUUUACCACCAUUGUCAUUUCAUCACAGCUCUUUGAGUAAUGCUGCUGCUCAUCAUCAACAUCAUCAUGCUGCGGCGGUAGCUGCAGCUAAUGUUCGCCUAAAGAACGAAGCUCAGGAUAUGACACAAAGCACCAUGAAUGGAUUGGUAGCUAAUAUGAUGCCAUCGUUAAUGGAUCAUCAAACAUCAUCGACAUCACCACCAUCAAGUCAUAGUACAACAACGCCACCAACAACAUAUCCAACACAUCAAAGUUCUCAUCAGACGCAACAACAGCAGCAGCAACAACAACAACAAAUGCAUACAGUUAGCCAGUUGUCACCACCGACGACACCAACUCAACUAACCUCCAAUGCGUCGCCCAAGGAGGCACCAUUGAAUUGUACAAAUGGUGCAAUAAUAACCAAAACAGAAGGACUUUAA